AUGUAUAUCCCAUCUGCUCAGUCUCUCUUUUGCCUUUCUCUUCUCGCCCUUCCCUACGCAUCUGCCAUUCCUCUUAAUGAAAAUUUGCAGCCUAGAGCUGCUACAACAUGCAAUAACAAUGAUAUCAAGACUGUGAACAGCAGCAACAAGCAGCCAGUAGCCUACUGCAAGUCAUGGCUCGCCACCAAACAAUCAAAGUCUACCGUCAAGGGCUUGACUGUCGCCCAGAUCAGCAAUGCAUGUAAAUGCGUUGAGGCUUCCGCUUCAUCCUCAUCUGCGGCAGCAGCAAAGAAGACAACAAGUUCCACAAAGAAGCCUUCGUCCACUAAGAAAGUGACUUCCUCUACUACCAAAAAGGCCACCUCGUCCACAAAGAUCACAACUUCCAUCAAGUCAACAUUGAAAGAGGCCCCAAUCUCAACCAGAGCAUCCUCUGCGACCAAGAGCUCAACCUCGACUAAGAAGACAAGUACCUCAAGCAAGCAGUCAACCACCUCGAAGCAGUCUACAUCCUCAAAAAGUUCGACAUCCCAAAAGUCUACUGCUACAUCAACGAGUGUUGCAAGUAAGAAGUCAACAUGGACUUCUGUGUCGACUAAGCAGAGCAGCAGCAGCUCUAGCAAGACCAGCAGUAUGCCUUCAUCAACGAUUAAGAGCUCGUCAAGCUCCUUCACAAGUUCUACUUCGGCCCAAUCUCACCUUUCAUCUUCCGCUUCUUCAGCAACCUCAUCCGUGUCCUCUACCACUUUCUCUGCAGUUGCCAUUCCCAUGGAUGCGGUCACUGGCGUCGUCACCAACCAAAAGGCCCCCACAGGUGUCUCGACGCGAUCGUCGUCUAGCAUUCAAACGUCGUCCAGCACUGUCGCUUCAAGUGCGACGACUGCGGCUUCUGCCAACACCAAGGAUCUCUCCAAUGGCAGUAAUGUCAUAGCCAAUGGAAUCUUUAGCCAGGGCUCUACCACCGGCUGGCACGGUGCUCGCGCCUUUGGUACCAAGUUCGCCGUAGCUUCGCUCGCUGGCGAUUCGAACUACGAAGCACUUGUCAAUGGCCAACUAUACCAGAACCUAAGUGCCGAUGUCUAUCUCAACUACCCCAGCGGUCUUCCUGCAGGCGUGGCUUGCGUUGUCAAAUACAGUCUUGGAAGUGACAGCAUCAUUCUCAAGCAGUAUGGUGUUGCUUCCACAAGCGGUGCUGUUUUGUCUGAUUCUGCUUCUGGCACACUAUUGCAGGCUUUCACUGGCCGAUUCCAGAUAGAUACCUACUGCAACAGCGCCAGCUCUUCGGCGGCAAGCUUCGCUCUGGGCUUUGGCAACAUUCAGCUUCUUGUUGCAGAUGCCGGAAGUGCUACAUCGACCGCUGCAACCGCAAACGCUGCUGUGACCACUAGCACCUCGACUCCUUCUUCGACGACAUCUUCUGCUGCAAGUGCAAGCACGACCGGGGCCAACAUGCUGACCAAUGGCGACUUUGGCACAGGCGACUUUUCGGGCUGGGCCCUAUAUCGUCUGGGCGAUCCUACCUUCGCCAUUCAAGGCAACCCCAAUGCUUAUGUCUCGGUUAUUACUUUCCCCGCUGGCGGUGACUCUAAUUCCCAAGCUGCCCUGCUGCAGCAACCCGCAAACGCAACGUCUGGCACGACAUACACUGCCUCGAUGGGUCUUUUGCUCAACUACCCGUCGGGACUUGCCAACGAUGGCUCUUCUUGCAGCGUGCAAGUCUACUUUGUCGAUUCCAAUGGUUUUGGUAUCUCGUUCGCUCAGACGACGUACACUUAUGGUGAUGCAGCCUACCAGAGCAUCACUGGCAGUGGUUCGGUAAAUAAUGGUUUCAGUGGCGUCUUUGAUAUUAUGAUCAGGUGUUAUGGCGGCGCGCAGGCGAUCGCCGCCGGUGUCGAGGAUGUACAGCUUUACGUGUCUUAG